AUGCGGUAUGAAUAUUCCUUAUACGAAAAUUCAUGCUGGAUCUAUCGGGAUGCUUUCGGUCAAGUCGGUUCUGCUUCCAAUUGCAUAAAGCUUUUUGUAACAUUUGAAGUAUUGUCUAUUCAUGAAGAUUGUGAAGAUAAGGAUUUUAUGGCAUGCAGAUGUUAUAGCGUUCCCAGAAAUGAAUUGAUUGCCAGAUCCUCAAGUGCUCAUGACUCAAUCGCGAGUAAUGAAGAUGGCAUUUUGCUCAAUAUAACCGGCGAAUCUUCAAAAGCUGAAAGUAGCUCUCCGAUCGAAUACAAAAUCAUUAUACUGCCAAUCAAAAAGCUGUUGUAUGAGAAGUUAUCAAAUUCAUCAUGGAAGUCAGAUGCAGAAUUUACAGCCGACGAAAUACAUGAUAUUCUUGCCAUACUACCGCGUUGUAUUGAGAAAUUCAAUCUUAUUAUUGCGUUCCUAAUAUUUAAAAACCUCAUUAAUGAUACCAACCUGUAUCUGCAACUGGAAAAAAUUUUUGCCGAAAAGCAAAGUCAACGAGAAAAUCUAUCUCUUUGCAACCAAUUGACUUGGUAUGAUGAUGUCCUCGCAUUACUUUGUGAGAACUGCUAUUUUGUUCUUGAGGACUGGUCUGGCGGUUUAAUGGUAACUGCAUCCGAACAUGAAAAGAAUUAUAAAUUUCCUAUCUACGUUGGGUCUAUUAAUGACCAUUCUUUGUGGAUUUCAGCUGAUUAUUUAGCAGUUGAUUAUCAAUUUUUACAGAACCCAUCCCUAAAUAAGUUAAUAACUCUUAACAAAAUGAACGUAUUGACAUAGGACAUUGAUU